AUGUGCAACCUCUCAAUCUACAAAUGCAAAAAUCCCCCCUGCCGAUGGAAAACCAACAUCCACACCACCCUCCUCACCUUCUGGUGCGGCAGCGAUCUUUCCCCCCACCCCCACACAUGGACCUCCUGCCACGACCCGAAACUCACCAUUUCCGCCCCCGAAGGACUGCACUGUCCGUACUUCACGCCCAGCACCACGACCACGGAUAAGGAAACCACAUUUUGCAACAAAUGCCGCGAGAAGUCGGUCCGCCAAGCCCACAAGAAGGUCGAGAAGCAACGUAGACUUGAUCGUAAGGAGGCGGCGAGGAUGGAAGAGAAGAUUGUGGAUACGAAACGUGGGAUUGUGGAGAUGGUUUGGAGGGAGGAGAGGGAGAGGAGGGGGAGGAGGAUCAAGGAGAGGGAGGAGAGGGAGAAGAUAAGGGCGGUUAGGGGGGUGAGGUGGAGGAGGGAGGAGGAGAGACGGGGGAGGGAUCUCGAGGAGAGGAGGAGGAGGGAGCAGGAACGGAGAGAUAGGGUGUUGGAUGAGAAGAGGUGGGAGUUUGAGGAGGAGGAGGUUAAGAGGAUUGAGGGGGGGAGGAGUUGGAGAGUGAGAUUUGGAUGGUUUGGGGAGGUGUGA